AUGGGGCUAUUGGGUCAGUUUGAGUAUCUUCAAAGCUUGUUUGAAACGAGGCAGCUUCCUCUACGCGUGGCUAUAGCCAGCGUGAUUGGCUACCUUGUGUAUUCCUUUGGCGAUCAGCACGGCUGUUUGCCGGUGCAAACUUGGAUCCCCUACAAGUGGCCAUUGGCCCUUGAUAUCCUAAAACGACAAUAUGAUGCAUCUUCAGAGCAACAGUUGCUGCUAUUCCAAUCCCAAUACUUCGACAAACUGGGCCCGAAUAUGACAUUCAAGCUAUUUGGCAACCAGGGAUUCCUCACUGCUGACCCCAAAAAUGUGGAAGCCAUUCUCGCGACAAAUUUUGAAGACUGGGAGCUCGGAUCCAGGCGACCGGGACUCUUCCCAAUGCUGGGCGAGGGUAUAUUCACGCAAGAUGGCCGGCCAUGGAAACAUUCGAGGGAGCUUCUGCGCCGCCAAUUCGUACGGAUCCACCGACAAGAUUCUCACGUCUUCGAUGAUCAUGUGAAUGACUUGAUCACAAAGCUGAAGUCGGCCAGCGGUGUAGUGGAUCUUCAACCACAUUUCCUGCGCUUCACCUUGGCCACGACGACGGCGCUCAUCUUCGGGGAGCCUGUGAUCUCAGUGCCAGGGGAGGAGACAGAUGCUUUCGAGAAGUCCUUUGAUUAUGCCAGUUACAUUAGUGCGCUUCGGCUUCGGCUUGCGGAUUUCGAAUGGAUAUGGAAGCCAGCGAAGUUCAAAGAGGCUUGUGCUGUUAUCAAAGACUUUGCCAUGCACUUUGUGGAACUUGCGCUCAAGGAGAUGGAGCAAAGUGGCGAGGAAGCGGCUUCGAAAAAGUAUGCCUUCAUCAUCGAGCUUUAUAAAGAAAUGCAGAAUCCAGCGCUUGUGAGAGAUCAACUGGUUCACGUGCUCAUUGCUGGAAGAGACACAACAGCAUGUCUGAUGUCUUGGACUUUUUUCCUACUGGUGCGGCAUCCCGAAGUUCUUGCGAAAUUGCGGACCGAGAUCCAGGAUGUCACGGGGGGAUCAUCGGAUAUGAGUCGAGCGGUCAUCAGCAAGAUGAAAUAUCUUCGCUGUGUGAUCAAUGAAGUCCAGCGACUGUAUCCCCAGCUCCCCUUCAACGUGCGAGUUGCUGCCAAAACCACAAUUCUUCCAUCUGGAGGUGGGCCAGACGGAAAUUCGCCCGUGCUUAUACCAAAGCAUACUGGUAUUGGAUAUUCUGUAUACCACAUGCAUCGACAAAAGAGUAUAUACGGCGAUGAUAGGAACAGCUUCCGACCCGAAAGAUGGCUGAGUCCAGAACUGGAGAGUGUUGGAUGGGGAUUCAUGCCAUUCCACGGAGGACCCAGAAUAUGUCUGGGUAAGGAUUUCGCCUUGACUGAAGCGUCUUAUGCUAUCAUACGCAUCAUACAAACCUUCCCAGAGCUCAAGCUGCCCCCUGAUUUGCCUAUUGUUCCCACUGGAGAGGAGAAACAAGCGAUGACGAUCGUGGUGAUGAGUGCAGAUGGAUGUAAGGUCUCACUUGGCUAG